AGUUCGAGCUUCCUGAAGGAGAGAGAGAGAGAGAGAGAGAGCAGGCGGAAGGAAGGAAGGAAAGAAAGGGGAGAGAGAGAGAACCCCAGGGAUCAUUGAAGAUGGGUAGCAAAAGCAGUGGUGUGAAGGUGUUCGUGAGAGUCAGGACAACAGCUAAUUUUGCAGCAGAUAUGAUUGAGCUUUUACCUGACAAUCAGAUGAUACAUAUUCACACCAGACCAGACCAGCGUAAGGAUGUGGUCAAUAAUCAACACAGCGACUGGUCAUUCAAAGUAGAUGGGAUUCUCCACAAUGCUCCGCAGGAUAUUGUGUACAAUGCCGUCGCAAAGAAUGUGGUCUCUAGCACAAUAAAUGGCUUCAGCAGUACAAUAAUAUGCUAUGGACAAACAGGGGCAGGAAAAACCUACACAAUGACUGGAGCUACAGAGAAAUAUGACUACCGUGGUAUCAUUCCCAGGGCAAUUCAACAGAUUUUUAAAGAAGUGGAAGAACAGGCGGACCUUGCCCUCACUGUGUACGUCUCCUACCUGGAGAUCUACAAUGAGACCCUCUUUGAUCUCCUGUCCAGCCUGACUGAAAGUGUGGGCUCUGAUGGCCAUAUGACAAUAGUGGAGGACAGCCAUGGUGUGCAUAUCCGAGGGCUUUCCAUUCAUCAAGUCAGCACCGAAGAAGAUGCUCUCAACUAUCUUUUUGAGGGUGAAACUAACCGAAUCAUUGCAUCCCACACAAUGAAUAAGAACUCCUCCAGGUCUCACUGCAUCUUCACAGUGUACGUUGAGACGCGAUGGAAGGAGCCUUCAGAAGUCAAGUAUUUGGCUUCAAAGCUCAACAUGGUGGAUCUCGCAGGUUCUGAGCGCUUGGGAAAGACAGGAUCUGAAGGGCAGGUGAUGCGUGAGGCUAUGUACAUCAAUAAGACACUCUCCUUCCUUGAGCAGACCAUCAUUGCUCUUGCUGAUCCCAAGAGAGAACAUAUUCCGUUCAGGCAGAGCAAACUCACACAUGCAUUGAAGGACUCUUUAGGUGGGACCUGCAACACCAUCUUAGUGGCAAAUAUUUACGGAGAGGCUGCUCAAAUCGAGGAAACGCUGUCCACACUCCGAUUUGCAUCAAGGAUGAUAUGCAUACCAGCUGAGCCAGCCCCUAAUGUGCACAGUGACCGAAAGAAAUUGGUUCUGAGUCUUCAGAAAGAGAUCCAGCUACUGCAGGAUGAGCUGGCUAUGCACAACAUACUGACUAACCGUCGACACAUCAGCUACGAGGCUUUGACUGAAAAUCAAGUUCAAGAGGUCAAGGCUCAAGUUUGCAGAUAUCUGGAUGGGACAUUGGAUGAAAUUAAUAUUACAAAUCUCAGGCAACUCCGUGAGUCCUUUGCACAGUUCAAGAUAAUUUUGCAGCAACAAGGGCAGGAAAUAGAGACUGCAUUACGGAAGAAGUACAUUCUAAUUGAUAAAAUGAAUAAAGCAACCAGCUAUACCCCUGAACUGGUUGUGACCGAGACGGCUGAAGAAACGCAAGUUGGAGAAGUUACUGGAGAGGGAUUUGGUAUUGGACAGGCUCCAACAUCAGCUAAAGCCAAGAAGAUAAAAACCAAAAAAGGCAAGGAGUCAACUGGCAACAUUAAGAAGGAACGAAAGGACACCGAAUUGCUUUCACAGGUGAAAGAGGCUCCUCUGCCGCCGCCUCCUCCUCCUCCUCCUCCUUUCGUUCCUGAGAAAGAUACAGCACAGAGAGAACAUGAGGUACUGAGUGCUGAUUCUGCGCAGUCAGAUUUGGUUAUCAAAUUGGAAGAGACCAAGCCCAGCACUCCUCCACCAAAAGCAUUAAUGUUUGAUGUGUUUAAAAAUGAGAAAGGUCGCGAAAUUAACCAGAUCUUGAUUAAGAAUAAACAUAUUCUCAUUGAAAAGAGGAAUAGCCUGAAAGAACUGACUGAGACGAUCAACAAUAUCAAGGAGGAAAUUGACAUCACUAACCGGGCACUCAAUGUCAAGAAACAAGAGCGACAGGAUCGAGGUGAGUAUGUGAAUGAACAAGGUGACCCCGUAAUCGAUGAAGAUGAGUUCAACUUGAUCAUGCAGCUGAAGGAUCUGAAACAUCAAUACCGGCAUGACUUUGAUACUUUGCGAGACCUGCGGGUGGAGCUUCAGUACUGCCAAAGAUUGGUGGACCAGUGCCGGCUGCGGCUGCUGACAGAGUUUAAUAUUUGGUACAAUGAGUCUUUUCUCAUUUCUGAUGAUGGUCGAAAUGCAUCACAAAAAGAUAGCAUCCGACCAGGAUUGAUACCGAAUUCCAGAAUACUAUCUCUGGAAGAAGAUGAUAAAGAGAAGUUCCAACGUAUCCAGGAUGAAAUCCUGAUGGAAAAUCCUGGUUCAGUCGCAUUUUAUAAAGCACGGAUGAAGCUGAAACAGAGGCAAAAUUACACCAAAGCCAUGGCUCAGCCUCAACCAGUACUCAUAAGGAAAAAACCAGGAAUGAUCACCCAAACCAUCAAGAACAAACCACCCUCUAUCUUUAGUGUCACCUAACGACUGAAUUAUCCAUGAAGGGAAAGAAAAUCCAAAAAAGCUCUUCUCCAUAAAGAGUAAAUACUGUUUAAUAACAGUUUUUUUUUUAAAUAAAAUCAUUAGCAAUAAAUUUAAGGCCAGCAGCCCCAAAAACAAGUUAUGUACAAAGUUAAAUAAAUCAAUCAAGAUCUCAAGUUGUGUUUCGCUACCUGCAA